AUGUCCCAAAUGAAGAAAGGAAACAGGAUGAUUGUGUUUCUGAUGAUACUGAGAUUAUUUGCUGACGUUCAGCUGAAUAAUAGAGCCAAUCGUCCGGUGGUAGUUCGAAGCCAAAUGAUCAAUUGCUGUGAAAUUAUUACACCAGAGGAUGUAGACUGUGAGCACAUCCGAUUGAUUGGAGACCACGUGGGAAUCCUACCGCCCGGGAAGAGCAACGUAACUCUGGUAUGGCCAACUUUGUAUCUUCAUGACCGAAGAGGUGAGUGUGAGAUUGGCAUCACCUACAACACCGAUGAUUCCCUGGACUCCUGCCAACCGGUCAAGUGUCUUAUCAAGUACAGCGGGAAGAGGAACUUCUUCAACAAAAGCUUGCGAAGAUGUCAGCCGGUGGUCGUCUGGGUGCCUGAUUCCGGCGAAGCUGCUGAUUCGAAUAUUAUUUGCCAUAAUGGACGCCAGGACAACGUUACUGGAAUGUGCAUUUGCAAUGAAGGAUGGGGUACUCAUCAAAUUGACAGCUUAGAAUCAUCUACUGAGUCGAUUCAUAUGUGCAAUUUCAAAACGUCACCAUUCUCACGUGUAACAAACACCGGCUAUUCAACGACAAGUCUCGUCAUCCUUACGGUAAUUAUAGUGAGUCUGCUGUUCUUCGUGCUGUGUUGCGUAAUGACACUAGUGACGCAAGAUUAUUCUUCUCCACCUGGCGCUGGAGUGGAGCUGCGCUCCGUUUUACAACAGACAUCAAGCAGAUCUUCGUUUGAUGGCUCGCUGGAACGUCUGAUACCUCCGAGCUCCAGGAUGGAAGGUCGAAAAAAAAAGUUUGAUAAGUUUGGUGACUCAUACAUUCGUCUUACGCACUAG